AUGUGCGCUUUGGAUCCAUCGCCCAUCCUCCACAUGUCUUGUCCUAGUCUUCCAAGGUCCAUUGAAAGGCAGGACUUGAGCGCACCGCGUGGUAAUCGCAACAAAAUCAUCCGGCUACCUUUGUUGAGCAGAGCACCUUCCCGCAGACGCUCGCCUACGGUUUUACUGAUAGCCCGUUGCUCUGCUUGGUGGUUUUACGAAAACAUGGUCAUCUGGACCGAUGACUACAAGUGGACUGAUGACGAAGCUCUACGUGGAUCUCCAUAUACUGGUUCUCCCGUGCUGGGCCCGGCGCUGCCCAUCGCAUUUACUCUGAGGUGUCUGGCGAUUUCUAACGAUCUAGGUCGUACUAGUUACCCUACUAUUCCUAUGGGAGCGUCGUAUUUCCCACAAGAGCUCCUUCUUUUACCCUCAGCCUUUGCUGCCACGAAGCUAACACAAGAUCAUGUUCGCGAGGGGGGGCCCGCAUUCGCAAUCGUCCCUGGGAAGAAGUGGAUAUGCUUGAACAGCCAACAUUCGAAAGCCAACUUGUUGAGGUGUACCUCCAUGCGAAUACAUGUGCGAUUCGACAGGGAGCCGCUGGACGAUAAUACGACCAACGACACUAACGUCAUUGUCAGAGUCGUCACGGCGGGUGAAUGCGUUUGA